AUGUUGCGUCUACAUUCGAAGGAUGUUUUGGCUUUGGUGGUAAUAUGCUACGUAGCUGUAACGGUGAUUGGACUGCGAUUCAAGCCAAGAAAGAUCAAUGAACAAUCAACUUCACAAAUGGAGUUAAUUGGUCAACCCACUUUUAACACUUCACAAUCGCUUAAGAGCAACACCUCAUCCUGGACUCAUGAGGAGAGCGCGGUUGUUGUAGAUAAUCUUCCGACGAAGCGACAGACACAGUCAGCGGAUGUUGAUAAUCCUGAAGAAUCACUCUUCGACAUUUUUCACGACAAGCCAAUUAAGGAAGAAUUUAUUACGAACAAAGACAACGCGGGGCCAGCAUAUAGAAGGGUUAUCAUAAUACCAAAUACUGUCGAUGCCUUAAGGAUUCCUCACCCAUACCCUUUUCAUCCGGUGCGCCUUCUUGACCCUGUCAUAGAUCCUGUAAGGUUUAUACCUAGUCCACUGCAUAUUCAUCAUUAUAGAAGAGUGCCUGUACCUGUUGAAGUCCCAAAAUAUCAGCAUAUUCCCCAACCAUAUUAUGUUCCUUACAAGCCAAAGCCGGAUUACACUGUUACGGAUGUUCAGGUGUAUGAUCCAGGUGAGUACAAAAAAUGGUGACAUCAAAAAUAAGCUUAGAGUAUAGACUUAUGAGCAUGCAAUAUUUCACCGUCACUCGGUGCUUUUAGUUUAAUUUUCUUAGCGCUUACUACGCACUUAAAAUCAAAGAACUGAAGCGAAGACUAUCUUCUAGUCUUAUAACAAGUACAACGAAACGAGAAAGGAACAAGCCAAGGUGUAAAUAAAUGCUGUAUGAUUAUCCCCAUAGCAACAGCUGCAGUUUAAUUUGCCAAUUUCGACUACACUUGCAAUUAAAUUGUAUUGUAUAUUUACAGUAAAUCCAUGCUUGAACGGUGGUCUCCCAUUGGCCAGUCAAUUUGGUUACCAUUGUCUAUGUUCGAAGGACUAUCAUGGACGGUUUUGCGAUGGUAAGUACUUGAAAAUGUACAUUCUGGAAAUUUUCUUACAUGUGUGUGGCUUCAAACCAAUCAAAGACUUUAAUCGUAAAUUUGCAUAGCGUCAGGUGACGAAGUUCAAUCGUCAAGCGCAAAGCCAACAAGACCUACACUGAACAUGAAAUUAAUUCCUCCUUAUUUUCAGUAUACUGAAACAUAGUUCAAGAACGUUUUAUACGUUAAGUUAACGUAGGACAGUUUCUUAUGUAAUUAAAAUUGCAGUCAAAUGAAAGUACAGUCAGCAAAGCGACUCCUCCCCUUCCUAAACUGAUGUUACUAAUUUGGAAAGGACCACAUGAAUCUUCAACUUUGUUUGCCGCGUUUAUCCUUUCUCAUCCGUUUGCAGCCAAAUUAUACUGCUCAUCAAGUCCAUGUCAAAAUGGAGGCGUAUGCGAAGAGAAGGAAAAUAAUUAUCAAUGUCAAUGUAAAGAUGGAUAUCUGGGCUACAAUUGCGAAGGUAACAGAAACCGAAAUAAUGUACACAUUUACAUUAAUGAGCUACCCGCUUCCCUUUACCUGUAAUUCAGAAAUAUUUGCGGUGAAACUGUCCUUUAUAGACAUAUAACAUCGAUAAGGAGCUGCGAACAGUCUAAAGAGGAUUUAAGAUCGGCCUCAGAUUGGAGUAACACAUGGUUUUUAACUCUUAAGGCUGAGAAAUGUAAAGCGUUUCAUGUAUCCAUGAAGAAAGAUCUCAUGCACCAUCAGUAUUUUCUGGAUAACACAUUGCUACCAUUAGUUGGCCAUCACAAACAUCUGGGGGUUUGGCUCGAGUCAUCCUUAUCCUGGUCUUACCAUAUCAGUACCAUUUGUGCCUAAACCAACAAGGUGCUAGGUCUGAUAAGGAGAACCUUUGGGUCUCGGAAUCCGGUCGGUAUAGCCACAGCUUUUAAGGUUCAAGUAAGACCGUUUUUAGAGUAUGCUUGCCCCGUAUGGAAUCCUUAUCUGGUUAAGGACAUCUAUCUGAUGGAAUCUGUGCAGAGGACAGAGGAGAGCUUCGAGUCUCAUUUGAAGCAGUGGAAAGGAGUACACAGAGAGAUUAAGGGAGUUAAAAAGGGAUUCCUGUUAACUGAGGCGUACAUUUCUAAGCCUGGUUGAAAUGUACAACGAUUCUGCGAUUCAAAUAGCUAAAUUUUAUAGUAAAUUUACAGUUAUCAAUACGUAAAUCUUUCUCGCUUUUUUGUUCUAGACAAGAACCUUUGCAGACCAAACCCAUGCAAGAAUGAUGGCCAAUGUGUGGAAACCUCGACCAGUUACAGGUGUUAUUGUCGACCAGGAUUCAUUGGAAAAGCUUGUGAAAGUUAGAUCACUCAGAUAUUUUUUCUCUAUCCUUGCAUCCUUACUCUGUCAACUUAGUGUCAUUUCACCUCAUAUAAAAGAAUCCAGAUUUCCGGAAUCCGAUAAAUUUUUGCUCGUGGAAUCCGAAUCUUGGAAUCCGAAAUCCAAGUUCCACUGUCAAAGAAUCUGCAAUACAGUGCUGGAAUCCGAAAUCCACGGCACCGUAGAAAUUCGCAUAAAAUUAUUGUUUGUCUCUUACCUUUUAUGUCAUGUUGUCCACCCUCAAAUUGCAAAUACGUGUCUAAAUACUUAUUUACGUUUUACGCAAUAGAUCUUGACUACUGCGAUCCAAACCCAUGUCAAAACGGGGGCUCCUGCCAACAGCGAAUGGGAUUUCACGAAUGCAUCUGUCACGAGCAAUAUAAGGGGAAACUUUGUGAACGUAAGUUACUAUAACGAGGUCGUCCUGAAAGGGGCUACGCCAGGAUAUCGAGCUUUUAAAUCAAUUCUUUCAUCACUCACUGCCUUUAUCCAUACAAAUGAAAAUGCUCAUGUAGUGUAUGGAGAAAAUAAAACAUCAAUUAAAAACUUUUGGUGAUUUAUGGAGACAUGCAAUGAAACUUGAAAAAAUAUCCUAAAUAUUUUAACCCACUUGCAUCAUUGCCUUCUUUAGCAACAGACGAAGGCCAUAAACAGUAUCAAUACCUGACAGAAUGCCUAAUGUAAUCUUGAAAACCACAACUGGAUCAGUAUUUUUGCCACUCAAAAGAUGCGACGACACGCUUUAGCUUUCUGACAAGAAAGCAAAAUGAAUAGCUCCUUUAACAAAGUGAAAAUUAUAGUAAAUACUAUCAUAUCAUGUAGACAGAGGUAUGGGACGAAGGCAUAAGCCAGUAGCUCUCGAAAACUGAAAUUCAUUUUUUUAUUAUUAUAUUUUUUUACGUAGAAAAGAGAGUGUGCUACUCAAAUCCUUGCAAAAAUGGCGGGAAAUGCGUGGAGGAUGAUCCGAGGUUUAACUGCCUUUGCCCACAUGGAUACAUGCUUCCGCACUGCAAAGGUUAGUUUAGAUUACGGUUUUCUUUCGACGCACAGGGCAUUAAUAUAGCCGGCUUAAACAGUAAACCCUGAAAUUUUAAUUUCCACUGCAACUGUGUACUUUAAAUGAAAGAGAAAUCUAUCACAAGAAAGCUAGUAAACGAACAAACCAAAAAAACACCGAGCUCCAUGUGAGAAUGGAACUCACGAACCUCUAGGCUCUAGAUCGGACGCUCUACGCACUGUCCUUCUGCAGGUUCGCCAAAAAAUAUCAAUAUGAUAAUUACACCCACCAACUGCAUACUGUAAUCAUAUGAUAGUCAGCGAGGUAUAGUGAAGUCUGACACAGCAAAUAGUCGCUCUUUGGACUACAUAUUCAUUGCUUAGCCAUCCACAAGUGGCUUUGACCAUGCUCCCAGAGAAGAACAUUUGCCAUACGUUAACCUCGUUCUUCCUUUCAGUGCACGUGUGUGAGUCUAACCCUUGUCUAAACGGUGGGAAAUGUGUUUCAAGGAAAGAAGAUGGAUAUCGCUGGACUUAUCAUUGCAUUUGCUCAUUGCUUUUUAAAGGAGACAAGUGUGAAAGUAUGUACAGUAUCAUGCUUUAAUUCUGACUCCCUCUUGUUGUUUAAAUUCUUCAGUUGAAACUCAGCACAUAACGUUGACAAGGGAACAACCAAGGACUCAUCGAAAAACAUUUUAUAGACAUCCGAAAGUCAUGGGAAGGAUAUUUAAGAACUACACAGUAAAACAUAAGCGCCCUACUUCUCGGCAACGUGUCAGUUUUCAGCGCUUGUUGAUGUUGUUUGUUGUUUGUUGUUUUAUUUUGUUUUUGUUUUUGUUUAUUUUUUUCGUUGCUUUCAUAACAGAGGUUUUAGAAAGACAAUUUAAAAUAUUAAAAAUCAGCGAUAAGUAAUGUUAAAUGAUGUUUUGAUGACUCCGUGCCAUCAUAUUCAAAUUCAUGUAUAUUUUAUGAGUUCAUUACAUACAAUGUUUACACAUGACGUCGCGUCCACCAUUUUGGUGUCUUAAAACAAUGAAAUGGCGGCUAUUUUGGUGUCCUGAAAAUAUCCUGUGGUUGAUGUCAAUCUUAAAAUUUAUCUUAGUAUAAUUUGUAGUACUAUUUCAGGGCGAAUUUUUAAUUUUAUUUUAGUCUCCCCGAUAAGUUUUUAAACAGCUUGAAAUAUUAGACACUCAUUGACAAUUAAAGUUUGUUCGUUCGUUUGUUCAUUCAUUGAUUUGUUCAUUCAUUCAUUCACUCAUAAAUUCAUCCAUCCAUUAAGUCAUUCAUCCAUUCAUGCAUUCAACUCUAAGAGCUUUAUGAAUUAAUAAUUUUGUCUUCUCUCUGGACAGUUCCAAACCCGUGUGUAACAAACCCAUGUUUACAUGGAGGGUCCUGUAUCGACUCUUACAGCAAGUACACUGGAUUUCCUAAAGACUGGAACAUUGGCUAUCUGCACUACUACUGCUUAUGUCCUCCGGAAUAUUCAGGACAAAAAUGCGAAGGUAUGUUAUUGUAUAAAUUCGGAUAGAACUUGGUGAGUUAGAAUGAACAAACACACUUUUUAAUAUACAAUAAGGAAUUCAAAGCUUCUUAUGGUUACGAAGAAGGAGUAGAUUAAUAAAUGUGUUUAUUGUUACACUUGCAAAGGUGACAAGUAUAAGUUAUUAGCAUUAAUAAUUUUGGAGUCUUUUCCUCUCUAAUUUUUCGAUGACGAUAGGAUCUUUUGGUGGCUUUUGUUAUGCUAGAAUUGAUAGCCACAGGGAUCCCAGUUGAAUAAAACAGAACUUCAGACUUCAAGGAGUUAUUUCAAGGGAAUAUUGCCGUUUUAGAUCAAUUCUAAGUGAUGACGUUAUUUCUUAUUCCGGUAAGGUCCUGUAGAGUUACGAAGAAUAACCAUAGUUGUUUGGUGAUUUUGUUUAGCGAAGCAUUAAAAUUUUUCUAUUUUCAAUCCAAUUUUUCAAUUGUCUGUCCCGUUGCCAUCCGUAGCAACAGACAACAGGGCACAGUUUUUUAGUCUUGAAUAACAGAACUGGGCCAUAAUUGCUUUAGCUAGAUGCGAAGACAUCGCUUCUGAAAAAGAUAGCAAAUAGCUUGAAAAAACUGCUAACUUUUGAGGUUAGAAUAAAGAGUUUGGUAGGGCUAAACGUCAGACGUACAAAGUCCGAAGUUAAGGUUUAUUCCAUCGGUCCCAGGUCCUUUUUGCUUAUGAAUUUUUUGACCCACUUGAAUGCAAUCCAACAGAUAAUUUGUGUCUCAAGUGUGAUGUGAAUGCGUUUUGUAAUCAUGGCCGCUGUGUUUGUAAUGAAGGAUUCAGAGGAGACGGCUUUAAGUGCAAUGGUAAGUAAGCAUACACUUUGGGAAGAGGAAAACAGAUUAAAAAAAGAAAAAAAGAAAAUAGCACGAGUACGUUAUGACGAAAGCAUGCAGUCAUUAUCAAACGAAAAUUUUUUUAUUUAUUAUCGGUAGCAAGAAGAAACGGAAGUGUUAGAAUACACUAAGGAGUGUACAUAACUUGCUGAAAAGCAUUGUGGAAAUUUUUGAAGGCAAUAAAAGGAAAUAAAAUGAACGAGACUCAAAACAUUCCCAAGAAACACCUCGGUCCUGUUCUGAGGCUAUCCACCCUAAUAUACCAACACACGCUCAAGUCGUCAGGGACGGACCAUUAGAAAAGUGAUGGGGGGGGGGGAAUUUUCAGCUUGCACGAAUUUUUUUUUUUCGCUCACUGCUUGUGCAGGAAUUUUUUUUUAGGUGAACCCAUCUGCACGAAUUUUUUUUCAGACAAAUAUUGCUUUUUUUUGAACAGUGAAAUCUUGAUUCAUUAUCUAUGUUUUUGUGCUUUAUAAAUUAUUCUACACUCACAACAUAUCAAAGGAUACAGGCCACUUUAAUGCAAAAUCUUUUCGAAAAUGUACACACAGUGAGAGAGGACCAAGCCACUUGGAGUGGACGGCUUCCCUGUGCAUUUUUAGUGUAAAAAAGGGGGUCGGUAGGCAACACACGACUUUUACCCAGGGCCCGCGGAGCGGAUUUUCAAGUGGGGGGGGGGUAAUGCGAACGCGUUAGUGUGAGCCAACUAGGGGAGUAAGGGGGCAUGCUCCCCCGGGAAAACUUGAAAUUGAAGUCUUCUGAAAUGGCUAGAAAUGGAUCUAAAACUGCCAAAAGUGAGGUUAAUUUUUAAUUCUUAUAAAACAACGAGUAACAAACUGGCCUUCACGUUUGACCAAAUUUAAAUGAAUAGACUAACUUCUAAGCUAAACCCAACAGACGCAACGGAUGAGUGUCACCCGGACAUUUUUAAGUCGGAUUCUUUGAAUACCUCAUGCCAAAAAUUCAGACUUUCUGAAAAAGUGACAAUUGGACCUCCCUUCUGCAUGAAUUUUUUUUCCUUACCUUCUUCUUUGCAUGGUUUUUUCCCCACCCCCCACAUCACUUUUCUAAUGGUCCGUCCCUUACAUCAUACUGCCUGCUUAUCAUAUGAUAUGUCAGGACUCGAGACAAUCAACAUGUCCAAACAAUAAUACGAUAUACGACUCGAAAUGAUUUUUUUCGCAUGUUUUUUCGUCUUGAAUUCAUUCUUUAUUUUCUUCUUCUUCUUCUUCUUAACAGCCAUUUAUAAUAAUAAUAAUAAUAAUAAUAAUAAUAAUAAUAAUAAUAAUCAACUUUAUUUAACGAGGGUAACAAGAGACAGUACCUCAACUGAAUAACUAGUGGCCUUCAUGAGUCCAGAUAUAAGACAAGUCCUAAUUAUGUCGCCUUUGUUAACAUACCGUCACAUAAACUGAGUCCUUGGCACUUUGAAAAUAGAGCCGGUUCUAGUCCCAUUUGCGUUAUUGCUCAGUACCUGGGCGUGGAUGUUUUGUGUAGUAUUUAAAAGGUUGUUACUUCAACCCGAGGCCAAAAGGCGAAAUACGUUUUGGUCGCUUGGUAUAAAAAAGAUCAAUUAACUCCAACUUUGCAAGGCGCUUCCUACCCUUAAGGACAAGAGGCGGCCGAUUAGCUGAGAUUGAAUUCUAACCUUUAAUGACUUACAGCCACUGAAGAUCCAUGCAUUCCCAAUCCAUGUCUCAACAAUGGCACGUGUAGUAAUGGCCCAGACGAAAGUUUCGACUGCACAUGCCCGGAAGGAUAUUUCCCGCCCCUUUGUACAAGUAAGUACUGAAGAACUGUUUUUUAAAACAGUUUAGUUAAUUUAAUUACCUUCUGUUCCAAAACCGUCCUGUUUUGACGGUGCAUAAUCGUCACUGACAAGGUCAUUCAUUUCUGAAACAUGACAAACACGCUCCUAAGUUACACAAAAUUUACAUUUUAAUGAACUCUGGGCGGCAUCAUUCUCCCUUGUUAAUAGUGAUAGUGUUAUAAUGAUUAUUAAUUCAGUGCCGCAGGGAGGCGGCGCGGGGGCACACUCAGAUCAGGGGAAUACAACACGCAAACUGGCAUUGACCCUGUUUAAGCCAAAAAUCGUUCAUUUCGUUUCACGUUCCAAUUUAGUUAUUUUUUACUUGAUUAGAAUCAUGACAUUAAUUUUUUUUUGUUUCUACCACACAUGUAGACCGCUCAUCACCAGCCUUCACUCUUUUUUAAAGACUUUCUUUCCAAAAAGACUUCCUGCUCAGAGACGUUUAUAAAUAGUGAAAUUGUAUCUGACCCUGUUUGAGAUUCAAGACCCUAAAAACCAUAACGGCAGUCAGCAAUACAAAAGCCGUUAGGGCAAUGCGUGCCAUCGAGCUCAAUGCCAACAUAGGAUGACCAACUACAACUCGAUUUCCAACUAGCCUGAGUAUCAGGCGUUUCUUGGGGAAAGAGGGGAAAGACAAAUGAAAAGAGCCUGUGAAAAGGUACCCAACGCUCGCCUCAACGUUGCGUGACACCCCAAAAAACUGCUGCGAAGGUUUAUAGGAGACUAGGAAGACAGCGGAGGGAGAAUCUCCUCUCUCUGGUACCCCUGUCUUUCUUCCACCCUGCCCCAUCUGGUCUUUUCUCCAGUAACCCCUAAAGAGGAAAACCUGAUACUCAGGCUAAUGUUUAACUUAGGAUUUUCAAUGCUAAUGAGCAAAACUCUAUCGUUCUUGUUCAUACGGCAUUAGGUUUUUCCCCUGUGACUUAAAGUUAGACGUUUGCUCCUCAGGCCUAAAUAAAAUUGAUAGAAUACUAAGAAUAGUGCUUAUAUUGCUAGAAUGAUAGUAAGCACGAGUCCAUUGUCGGGCCGUUAACUUGUCUGACCGCUCUACUUUGAAAGACAGUUAUAAUCAAAGCCUAUAAUGCAAAUCAACCUUUCAAUUGUUUUUGAAUUUUCUCGGAGGAUAUAAAAUUGCCAAGGGAUUCCUCUCUUCCGAGAGAUUAUUAAGCCUGUCGUUCACCUUUUGCCCGUCACAGUAAUUGCGACUUGACUGAGAAGGUAUUCAAGGUAUUCUACACAUACCUGCGUAAAGAUCGUCUAUUUCGUUUAAGAUAUUUCCCGGUCUUGCAAAGCAAUAGCUCAGAAGGAGAAAAAUAAUUACACAGUGUCGUCGAAGCAUUGCAGCAGAGACGCCCUGUACCUUGCACUGUAACUUUAUAAAUUCCUCACACUCGGACAGCACAGAGCAACUUGUCUUGAUUUUUCAAAAUCACGGUUGAUUCUGAUCGUCUGUCGUUACAAGUCAGCUUAUAUAUAGCACCCUAGCGGUCGGUUCCUUGGUUCGUUAACCUGUAAUUAAGCUAUUAGACAGCUUAUUGGUAGGUAAGCAGGCAGUACGUGUAACGGUUUAUCCGGCUAGAAUUGUUGAUAUGAAUAAUUUUCAUUUUCCCGCUUGUUGCUUGGCGCCCGCGAAAUAAAUCAGCUAAAAUAAUUUACUUUGGCAGUCAAAUGAAUGUUUUGGUAUGAGUUCGCAAUAUUUUCUGUUUUUAAUAAUAUUGAGCAAUAGUCGCUGCAAAGCAAAGCAUAUGUCAGAUGUUUGAAAUGUUAGUUUACAUAAAGAAUCCACCGAAGCGGAAAAGAUAAACUUGUUUGUAAACCGCCAUUCCGUCCGCUACAGUAAGUAACUGUAAAAUUAUGCUAAUUAUGACGAAUUCAAUUUAUAGAGGUCAAAAAACAGAGCAGUAAAUAAACAACAUUUCACGCAUGAAAUGGAACCGGCUGACAGCUGUUCGAUUCCAAGACGCUCUAACAAUUGCAAAGUUUGACCUUUUUGGCACACCAUGAAGACAAGUAACGUGCCGAUCAUUGGUAACGAGUGGGUAGCAAGUAAAUUGAAGCUGCUAUUGUUAAACCCUCUUCAGCAUUACAAAACCAUUUAAUUUCACUAUUUUAUACACGACUUUCAUAAUGGCGGACCGCUCGGGAGAAAUGGUAACUAUAGCACCAGAGCGAGGCCAGAAAGGCCACUAGAAAAUCAAACAUGGCCGCGUUGUCAACAACUUCGUUGAGUGCUUCGCUUCUCGAAGAAAAUGAUAUUCCUGGCGCUUCUCUAUGUGGCCGAAAACCAUCCGAACUGAAAAAUGACGAGUUAAAGUUUUGGUUAAAGUGUAGAGGUGAUCCAGCGAAAGGCCUUAAAACGAAAGCAGAACUUGUUAAGAGGUGAGAAAUCGCUUUUUUCAGCUUUGUUUCCAUGCGCGUCACUUUGAUCUUUUCAGUAGCAAAUAUUCGCCAUGCUAAAGCGUUUUUAUUCAUUUCUCAGAGUGGAAGAGUACAUCACGCGUGGAAAAGAUAAAAAUAUUGUUGACCCUGAUCCAAAUCAGCUCUAUACGAAGAGGAAACAACAACGAAGCGGUGCAUCGUCGGGUGCGAGCGACGAGCGCCCGUCACAAGGUAAUAACUGUCAGAUUGUUUUACCUGUAAUUUAGCUAAAUGUUUGCGUAUCGGUUUUUGAAAAUGAGUAUGUGUGAGUUCAAAAUAAAAUACUGUUUCUUUCUGUCUCACAGAUCCCAACUCUGUCAAAUAUCCUGAUAAUGGAUGGAGCACCUCUCUGGCCAAAAUGCCAAUGUUUACCAAAGCGGAAAUGAACGAGCACGUAGCAAGUUCAGGCAAGAGGAUCGCCAAUAUAGAUCAUCAUUCCGUUCCGACAUCGUUGCGGAAAGCGAAAACAUUCCUUGAAGAUGAAUAUCUUAAGGAAAUAAUGGCAUCCAGUGACCAGCACUGUUUUUAUUUCCAAGCUAAAUGUUGCCAUAGCUUUAGAAAAAAUGACCCUCCGCAUGAACUGAAACUUGCCUUGUGCAUUAUUAGUGGGAACGUUAUGGACAGCAGGUGUACUUGUGUGGCUGGCAAGGCUGGAUUUUGCAACCACAUUUCUGCCUUGAUGUUAAAGCUAUGUAAAUUCUCCCUGUUCGAGGCAAAAACAACAAAGGAUCUGUGCCAAGAGAAGGAUGAAAAUCCAGAACUAGCCUGCACAUCACAGCUGCAAAAGUGGCACAAGAAAGGUGGUGGAGAAAACAUAUUUCCUCAGCCAGUGAUGGAGGUAAUUGUUAGAAAAACCAAGCUCGAUGAGCCUAGCAGCCCACGAGGCAAUGGAUGUGUGAAAUGUUUGCUGUACGAAGCCCGGAAACAGCCACACUAUGAUCCUGUCAGUGAGAAUGCUUUCAAAGGUGCAAUUGCCCAAAUUGACCCUAAUAUGGGUUUUGCUCAGAUGAGUGAAGGAGCUGAUUCCAGUAAUGACAGUAAUCAAUUGACAAACUCCAAAUUUGGAAAAUGCCCUGUUGGCUCCAUGUUGAGUUAUCAGACAGCAUUCACAGAGUCAAACUUUACCGCUGAAGCUGAUCUAACUUCAGUACCAAGAAAUAACUUUGUUACCCAAGGACUUGAUCACUACCCAAGAUUUCCUUUGAGUAAUGAAGAUGACAUGGUGGUACCUCGUGUGCUGAGUGACACUGAGAAGGCAUUACUCAGGCAUUUAACUGUUGAGGAAGACAAAAUAAAUUCAAUUGAGAGUGACACUAGGGAUCAAGCAGGAUGUGAUGACUGGAAGAAACACCGCACUUAUCGCUUCACAGCAUCCAGUUUUCAGCUCAUUGCAAGGCGACAAAGGAAUCAUGAAAAUUUCGCACAAUCACAAAUGCACCCAAAGCCCUUCUCAUCAAAGUAUGUGGCCCAUGGUUUAAAGUAUGAACCCAUUGCACUCCAGCAAUAUGAAAAGUUCAUGUUUAACAGGAAAUCUCCAGUUGCUGUUCUAAGAAGUGGUCUUGUUAUUUCCAAAAGCUGUCCUGUUCUUGGUGCUACACCGGAUGCUAAAGUUGUAGACUUUGGAUGUUCUAUUUGCUUUGGGCUAGCCGAGGUAAAAUGCCCUCACACCAAGUUUAAUGUGACACCACUGGAAGCAUGUUCUGAUGCUAAUUUUUUCAUGGAAAAAAUCAGUGACACUCAAUGUAGACUUAAGAGGAAUCAUGCAUAUUAUGCCCAAGUUCAAGGACAAAUGGGUGUGACCGGGGCUAAAUGGUGUGAUUUUAUUGUGUACACCGGAAAGGGCCUCUACAUUGAGAGGAUACCAUUUGAUGCUACUUUUUGGCAGAAUCUUAGAACUGAACUUCUUCAAUAUUACUUUGAGCACUUUUUAAAGUUUGCAGCAGCAGAUUUUCACAGUUCAGCUGUAGGUCACUAGGUAUUUUAUCAAAUAUUCACCAAAAGCUUGUAUGUGUCAAUUUUUCUUCUGGCUCAAAAUACAUUGGUUUCCAUGGUUUUUUUUAUCCAGGCAGAAAAAAGAUACAUGCUACAUUAUUUUGAGCUUUAUAAUAGGCUGUGACCUGAUGCUAAUGUUGUUUUUAGAUAAUUCUGCUCAUGUAUAGUUUGACCAAUCAUGAGGUAUUGGCAAAGGUUUCUGUUGCAUACUACAGUGAAACAUGUAUUAAGCGAACCCCAUAUUAAGCGGACACCCUCUAUUAAGCAGACACUAGCUGCUUGGAUCCCUUAAUUUUCUUCCCAUAUUUACUGUAAAACGAACCUGUAUUCAGCGGACCCCUCUAUUAAGCGGACACUAGUGAGGGUUCCGAGGGUGUCCGCUAAAUGCAGGUUUCACAGUAGUCAUUACAUUUGGUGGUGGCAAAAUAAAAUCAAUUUAUUGGACUGGACUGCUGCAUUUAUGCUAAUAAAACAUGGUUUAUUUGGGUAAAAGUACAGUUAAAUAGAAAUAAUAUUGGGCUGGGCAUUACAUAAGAUUGCACAGACAGCCCACAUUUGAUUAACAAUCCCAAGCUGAUGGAGAGGUAUGACCCCAUCCCAAAUGUGGAAAUUUUUUAUUUUGUUGAUCGCACGUUCCACAUGUAUCCGCAAGCUGGCAAUUUCCUGGGUCUUGACAACAUCCUCAGCAGGCAUUUGACUGGAACUUCCAAGGAAAGGGGGGAUAUUUAAGGAAACUCCCAAGGGUAACAGAUCUUGGAUGGUAAACCCUUUGUCUGCCAUUACUGAAUCAUUGUCUUUAAAAGGCAAAUCAAGGAAGCCACUUCUCACAACUAUCUCCCUGUCUGAGACACUGCCAGUGUACAGUUGGCUAAUAAAAGUUAUUGCACCUCCAGGACUGAUGCCAAUCAAACCUUUAAGUGUUGUGUGGUGUUUGUAAUUACUGAAUAAUUCACCAUUUAAAUGUAGACUGCUUGGCAUCUGACAUCUAACUUCUGUGCAAUCGAUGACAACUCUGGUCGAUGAAUAAUUUUUCUUAAAAUCCUCAGGCAUAGCCUUGUCAAUCGCUGCUCUAGAGGGCCAAAUAUUUAUUUGACCUAGCCUUAGGAACAUGAAAUUUAUCCAUGUGAUAAAAAUCCGACUUAUUGUUGAUACUGAAACCCGAGAAAGGUGUGCUAGGUGUUCUUCGGGAAGGCCUUGCCUUAGUCUGCACAAAACAAUAAAAAAUUCGUCGAUUGGCCUCAAGGAUCUAGAUCUUCCACGUUUCCUUGAAGUUUCUUCCUUUUCCUCAUCCUCAUAAAAGUCUGCUGGAACAGUUAGGUUCGACUGAGAAAGCCAGUAUGUUACAUUUUCUCCUUCAACACCUGGAUUUAAAAAGUUAUAAACAGCAGACAUUGUAUCCCAGUUAGGAAAACCUGUAUAAAAUCUGACUGAAGAAUCGUCGUCUUUAAAUCUGUCGACGGUAAAAAGUUGCUUUUGGAGGGCCUCAAUACGUCGAUAAGCGUUUUCCAGCUUAGCUUUUAGAUCAAGUAUUUGCUGUCUUAGUUCUUCUACCUCAGUUUGCGUCUCGGCAUCUCUUUUAGCAGCGCUUGCACACUGUGUGUUUUCGGCGUGGUUUUCGGCGAAGUUUUCGUCGUCGUUUUCGAAACUAUGAGGCUCCUCCGUUACAAUGACAGAUGAAGUGUCCAAUUUACGGGCAGCACUGCUUGAAGGUGAUGUGACAAAGUUUCUUUCAGUCGGCGCCUUUCUCUUUCGUGGCGAUGUGCGAAUCCACGGGAACACUGAAGGAACCACUCCAGGUUUCACGUCACUUUUGCCAGCGAGGGUUUUUUUUAUUUCCCCUUCCCUGAAAUGUCUAGAGCAUAUUUUGGUAAACUUAGUUACCUUGAAAAAUUUUCCUUCUUCUCUUCGUAUCGCGUGCAGCCACUUCUUCUUUUCAGGGUUCUCGGUCGGAAAUUUAAAGAACGAAACUUUCACUCCAUUCUCAUCGCGGUAGCCUUUCUUUUUACAUUCUGGAACACAGCAGUGAGUUGGCAUAUUCCUCUGGAUUAAAUACGCUAUUUGUAGCAGUAAUUGGCCCCAAUUGAACUGAUAUAUUGUUCGAGAAUAAAGCCGGCAAUAAAGCGAUCGAAAUGUUUUGACCUUUGUUUUGUUUGCAACUCAAGCAAGCGUGGCCUUUCUGGCCUCGUUUUGAUGAAAAAAUAGUUACCAGUCCCGCGCGCCGUCGGCCAUUAUGAAAGUCGUGUAUUGCAUGGGUGAAUUGAUUGUUAAACGAACUGAAUAAUAAAGACCAAUUAACGUGUGAAAUUCGCCUAUCCGAAUCAUUAAUAACGCGCUUUAGCAGCUACUCACCCACGAAUUGUGACAGCAAGAAAGAACCCUAAUUUUACCACUUAAUUAACCUUAAUUUCGAAGAAACGGAUCAGGGACGCUGACCCGGGGGGGUGGUCACUGGGAAUUAUUGGUGGGGGGUGCCGCCCGGUUCUUAGUCCCCCUCGCAUUGAGCGGUUUCUCGUCACGUAACGUUUCUCUCAAGUAGGGAGCCUACAAAACCGUAGAUAUAAGCAUAUUUUUAAAAUUUUUCGUCUGUUCGGAUUUCCUUGCUGAAGGUCUACCGACCAAAACUUACCUUUUCGAAAAUUUCAGUCAGAAAAAAGGCUCCCAAAAGGGAGUCAUUCGAGCCACAAAAAAAUCAAAAACAGUAAUACAGACUUGAACAUUAACUGAAAGCUAGCCGUUGUUUAACCCUAAAUAGAACUUAACCCUAGCCCUAAAAUGAGUGCUUAACCCCAAUUCGUAAAAUUAAAGCUUAACGAGUGCUCAACUCCCAAUCUGUAAAUUUGCAGUUUCAUUUUACUUGUUUUUACUUUAUUUUUCCCGCCGCUUACGUACCCUGUCUAACUGCAGAACCAUUUGAUCACUGCAUACCCAAUCCUUGCAAGAAUGGUGGCACAUGCGUCAAAGACGGGGAUUCCUUUCAUUGUAUCUGUCCAGUGGAUUAUCUACUCCCUGACUGUGCAAACAGUAAGUCGAAUUGCUUGAUACUUCUGUUUUAAUGACAGUUAGCAAUUAAUUGUUACAUUGUAAAUGGAGGUUGGGCAGGAGGAUGACCAGGCCGAGGUGGAUACCAGCGUCCAAGAUCUGCAUAAUUCUUCAUAUCAUUAUAUACCUGUCCAACCAGCCUGAUGCAAAAUGGUUUUGUUUUGCCACUCGAAAAUAAAAUUCAUAUCUUCGCGCCACCGUGUUAUAUCCUCUAUUAAUUUAUUUUCACAGAGACUGUGAAUCCGUGCAUUCCUAAUCCUUGUCAAAACAAAGCAACAUGUCAGCCGAGUGACGACAAGAAAAGUUUUACUUGCAACUGUAAAGGAAACUUCAAGCCUCCUCUUUGUGGUAAGCAAAUUUUUCACUUUCUCUGGUAUUCUUAUUGCACCAUAAUGCAAUGAAAUUAUUUAUCGCACAACAAAAAUAUUUUAAAGUUUUUUGCAGGGCAUUCCUAUUUUAAAAUCAUCCUCAUCACCAUCUUAUCACCUCGUAUCAUCAUCAUGAUCACCACAAUCAGAAAAUCCAAGAGACCUGCCAAUUAAUUCGACCAUCACAUUUCGGGCGUUGCCGGAAGCCCCAUAGCUCAUGUUGUUAGCCUGAAUAAUAAGUCUCCUGCAAUUGAUUUGUCUUGACUGACUGCCACUUUAUUAUACCACUUUAGCAUGUGACUGUCCCAAGGGUAAUCCGGCAAGGAUUCCUCCAAUUCUUCCACAAAAGUGCACAGAAAGCGGAGACUGUUACUGCCCAGAGUAUAGCGGCAAGACGUAUAGUAUGACAGAGCAGGGCUGUGAGGAAGCAAGUAUGAAAAAUCGCAUUUCUAAUCAAUUUUAAAUUCUCCAAUUAAGCUUGAUGUUUGACCAUUGCUCUCUGCCACUGCUUCCCCAGAGAAAAAAUUAUAAGAUUGUUGGACUUAAAUUUUAAAGGAUGUGAAAAAAACGUCAAUUUUGUUUAAUCGUUACUACAAUCUACAUACAGGCGGUACAGUGCGCAUGUAUACUUAGUUUUCUACAACAAUUAAUACAUAUCAAACAUAUUUAAAUUAAGAUCCUUUCUUAAACUUCCAGGCAAAAAACCAUGCAGUGGGCUAUUUCAAGGCAAUCAGUGCUAAAAAAAUCGAAUCUAUACCACUGAGAAACAGAUCAAACUUGUGACUCUCGCCAAAUGUGAUUGAAAGUGAAAUUACAAACAAUCCUGCAUCAAUUGUGGCUUUCAUACUUCUUCUUCUUUUUCUUGUUCUUCCUCUUCUAUCGUUGUAGGUUCUGGGAAACUGCCCACCUACCCGUCCCCUAAGCCAACAUUUUGCCCUUAGUGUGAAGUAAUUAAGUGUUAAUGUUGGCUUAGGGGAGGGGUAGGCGCGCAGUUUCCCAGAAACGUAUCAUUAAGGAUCCAUCUUUGUUACUAGCAAAAAGAAACCCUUGCGAAAGUAACCCUUGUAAAAAUGGCGGCAAGUGCUUUAACAGUCAAGAUGGGCUUUCGUUUACCUGCCAGUGUCCAGAGGAGUGUACUGGAGAUCUGUGUCAAAAUUGUGAUCGUAAGUAUUGGUGACCCAACUUUAAACAAAGUUGAAGCCUUUUAGAGCGUUUUUCACUUGACUGUCGUAAAACCAAAACCAAAGUAAAUACGCUAGCCAACCAAAGGGCGUAGUAAAACCAAAACCAAACCAAUUCCUCAAUUACUUUCGACAGUCAAGUGAAAACCGCUCUAUAGCAGCACAAUUGUUUUUAGCACUAACUUAAAUACAUUAAUGGUACCGAUUUUGCAGUCAUCCCUCGAUUAAUUCGCAUAACCGUCUUCUUAGACUACCGUUAGUACAGUGUAAACCUGCUGUAAUGAGGGAGCAACACAACGUGUAAUUGUCGUAGACAGGUGUCCUUUAUUGGAGCGAGUUUACUGUAAACAUGCUCCAGAAAUCUCUGCAGCCGUUAAAAAGUGGACACUUUGCUAUCACAUUUUCAAAAUGAGUUUCUGCCUUUAAAUGAUUUAUAUUAUGACCAUCAUCAUGAUUAUUAAUAUUACUAUUAUUACUGAUUAUUUACUUCAUUAUAAUUUUUUCAGCUGUCAAGAUUUGCCCUUCAGGAUAUUGUAAAAAUGGGGGCACGUGUAUAAUCGUGGGAAUAAAGCCUUUCUGUAAGUGUCCAUCAGGCUAUUUACCCCCGGAAUGCGCGAAAAUAGCGCCAGGUAAUGUAAUCCUUUUGCUAUAAUUACAUUUUUCUCGGCUGUACUAACGUAGACAUGCGCUCUCGGGUUUUAAUUUAACUUUUUGGCCGUAUAUAGAGUAUAUAGUCUCUCAUUGUUGGCAGGGUAUGUUUAAGUCCCUUGAAAGCCAACAGUUUUAGUAAAAUCUAUUCGUACACUUUUCUUUUCUUGUUCUUUUUUUCUUUUCUUUUUUUUGGCUCAGCGAGGCACUCUCACCGGCCAAAAGGUUUCGUUUAGGAAAAACUGUGCCAUGUUCUUUAUCAAACUAGCGUACCAUUGACGAAUCAUAGAAGCCGUUUAUCAUGUUUAUCAUGACAUUUAACUGUCUAGUAACCAAAUCAUAGUGAUAUGUUGAGAACAUUGUAGGACCAGUUCAGUAACCUAACUAGAAGCGUACGUACUGACAUCUCAUGACCUUCGAGUUCUCCGUCUGAAAAUGUAUAUGUGAUCGAUGGUGGAGCGCUAAUGCAAAGGUCAUGAGUUCGAAUGCAGUUGAGGCUCUGAGUUGUUUGUAACGUGUUGCAACUGUGGUGAUCAUAUCUCAGGUUGCGUUCCGCGAUUGAGAAAUUCGGAUUUCGGAUUUUGCAAUCGAACGCGAAUCCUAAAACUGAUUUCACCUCCGAGAAAUCCGUCCUCAUGGUGGAUUUCAAUAAACAAAUUCAGAUCCAAAUUUCAUAGAUUUUCCUUUUUACCGUUCGAUUGGAAAAUCCGAAAAUGGCUUUGCAAAACUAUUCUCAUGAACAGUGGUCUUUUUGGUAAUUGUGAGUGCGCGUGCAAGACUGUUGUUCUUAAGAAAUGUCUAUUAAAUCCUGUUUCACAUCCCCCCCCCCCCAAAACAAAAGGAAAGAAAGGGAAUCCAAGAACAGAUAUCUCCAGAUGAUUUCCAAUCGAACUCACCCUUAAUCAAGAUUUGUUUUAUUCUUAGAAAACCGCCGCGUUUGUCACCCUAACCCUUGUCAGAACGGGGGUACCUGUAGAAAAGUACGAGCUGACGCAUAUGAAUGUAGCUGCCUUGUGCAGUUCCAUGGUAAACACUGUGAACGUAAGUAAAUUAUUGUCUUAUAUGAAAGUAAUAAUAAGAUUUAUACUACUACAUGAGAAAUUACUGCAAUCUGAUUGGCUUAGAGCAGUGGUAUUUCAGCUUAAUUUGAAAUACCUACAUGCGAAAAUUACAAACCUUUUGCGGGUAGUAGUAUAAACAAAUAAUAGCAUGAUUUGUACGUGAUAUUUGGCAUAAAUACCACUCGUGAUAUUUCAAAAUUGUCUCAAAUUUCACUCGCCUAACGGCUCCUGAAAUUACGUAUAACAAUUUCGAAAUAUCACUCGUGGUAUUUAUGCCAAAUAUCACUACAAAUCAUGCUAUUACCUAUACUAAUUGCUUCUAAAGGCUUGUAUUUUAUCUUUACUUUGUUUGGAAAUGAACAGUUUCUUGUUUUGCUUGCUUCUUUCGGCCUAAGCUACCAGCGGGACAUAACCAAACAUUUUAUUUUAUAUAAAUUAUUUAAUCAGUAGUUAUUGUUUCUCUUGCUGUUACGUUAGGAAAUAGGACACUUUAAUCCCAAGACUGUCGCAGUUUGGGGUUAACAUUUAUGACCAUAAUUUGGCCUAAUUUGACAUUGCUAGUACUGAUGAUGACGAUAAUUAUCACAUGGAUAGUAAAAAUACUUAAAUACAUGACCACUUUUAUGCGGUAAAUCAAAAAUAGCGAGGUUGGUGAUGAUGAUGAUAAUGAUGAUGAUGAUGAUGAUGAUGAUGAUGAUGAUGUCAUGAAGAUGUUAUGAUGAUGACGAUGACGACGACAAAGACGACGACGACGAUAAUGAUGGUGGUGGUGGUGGUGGUAAAGUUACUACUAUCUGCUACCACAAUGACACGACGGACGACGACGAUCGUCGACACGACUAUCAUAUGGUGAUGAUGAUUUUAUUGUGAUGAUGUAAAUUAACGCAUCGCGACAUAAAAUCUAAUUGUAUUUGUGGUUAAUCUUAAAGGAGACAAAUGUAUGGAUUGUGAUGUACACGCCAAUUGUCACAAUGGCCGCUGCAGAUGCAGGCGCGGCUACAAAGGAACUGGACUAAAAGGAGAUUGUAAACAAGGUCAGCAGCAUUUGUUAGCGUGGAUGCUUAUUAACAGCUACUCUGAAUCCGAAGCUUGGUAAUAUAAAAAGGCGAUUAUACUACUAAGCUGGUUGCACAUACGAUCAAUCCUCCAUUUCAUAAUAAGCACUCACUUGUAGAUACUGACUUCGAUCAUUCAGUCAACUGCUGCAUAAUGUAAUUCCUUAGUUUUCUUUACUUACGUUUCAUUUCUGUUUUUAUUGUUUUCUGUGACUAAGUUCUCAUGAACAUGGACUUUUGAUAUUGACGAAAGGCGACCAACGCUUGUUUAAAUUAUGCUUAUAAAUUAAAAUGGUUAUCGGCAUACCUUUUUCUUUUCAGAGCUAGUGUGCCAUACAUGUCCUUUAAAUGCUGUUUGUGUUGACGGUGAAUGUUCUUGUAUCAAAGGUUUCUACUUUAUCGACAACACUUGCAAGAUAGAAGGUCAGUCCGCUGUAAAAUGA